AUGAACGUCGUCGGCGCAGCGGCGCAACCUUUCGCCGACGCUACACGACAUCCCGACAACGUAAACGGACGCUCGGCAGCUGGUGGAUCGCGGAAGCUACCUCUGCUAUGGGCUCCAGAUCUGGGGAAGGUUCGCGCAGAGUCGUCCGGCGUCCACUUGUCAAACUUUGUUCCUGAUGGAAGCGCACCCGGAGGCGCUGGAAUGUAA